GUUUACUGCUUCGUCGCAAGGCUGCGACAAUAUGCAAUUGACUUACGAAGAAGUCGUCAAUAAUCGUCGGUGGCACAAUAUCAGGAUAUCAGCUACUGCAAUCGUGCUAAGUCAACAACUCUCGUGCUCGACGGUCCCGUCUAUACCCUAAAUACCUGUCCAUAUCAUUUCGGUCUGAAUCAUCAUGGGUUCUUUGGCCGUGAGGGAGCCCCCAGUUGCGAAAGGAAACGUCGAGGCUGAGCCAUACAGAUGGCCCCAUGGCUCAUCUGUCAGCCCGGAGACAACAGCACUGGUGAUCAUUGAUAUGCAGGUUGACUUCUGCUCUCCUGGUGGGUAUAUGGAGCAUCAGGGUUACGAUAUUUCUCCUGCCAGGGCAAUUCUACCGAACAUUGAAGCACUACUGUCCUCGUUUCGUCAAGGCGGCUAUCGAGUGUAUCAUACACGAGAGGGUCAUCGCCCCGAUCUUUCGACAUUGUCCAGCAGGGAGCAAUUCCGAAGUCGUAAUAACCCUACUGGUUUUGGCAUUGGCGACAAGGGACCGAAUGGUCGCCUGCUAGUUCGUGGUGAGCCUGGGCACCAGAUUGUCCCUGAAUUGACUCCAUUGGAAUCGGAGCCUAUCAUCGACAAGCCUGGUCGAAGCGCCUUUCAGCACACCGACUUUAAGCUCCUGCUCGAUGUUGCUGGAAUCAAGAACCUCAUCUUAUGUGGUGUUACUACCGAUGUCUGUGUGACGACGACAAUGAGAGAUGGCAAUGAUAUGGGUUUGGAUUGCUUGCUGGUUUCUGAUGCAUCGGCGGCUGGUGAAGAAGCAUUGCACAAAGCUGCAGUGGCGAUGGUGAAGGAGGAAGGAGGUAUUUUCGGUGCUAUCGGUACGACAGAUGCGAUACUCAAGGCUAUGGCUUGAUUAAUGGCUAGAAUUCAAAAGUGAAUUACCUUUCAAACUAC